GUUCAGAGUUCAUUGUUGGGGGAAACGUCGAAGCGAGAGUAUUCACGUUGCUCUUCCAACCGAAUCGUUCGCGUACCGCUUGCGGCAAGAAGUAUCUCAGAAGUCAUACUUACAGACGAGACUCCAAUAAUUCCCAAAGAUGUUAUUUUUCGGAGUAUUAUCUAUCCUUCUGCUGACUGUUUCUGCACAAACAGUGGGUGGUAACAGUUGUAGUGCAGUAAUAAAGGACACUUGUGCCAGCAAGACACUCACGAAUUCCGAAAACUGUAAUGCCAAAUAUGGAAAUAUCGAUGAACUUCAAGAAAAAGUGCAAGAGUAUAUAAAUGCUAACAUCCAAAAAAGUUUUAAUUUUCUACUAAUGUCUACAUAUUUUGGAAACUUUUUUGAAAGUCGAGAUGGACUUAAGGGAUUAUAUCGCAAAAUUUCUGAUAAAUCAUGGCAAGAAGCAAUAGAAUUAAGCAAAUACCUUGCACAUCGUGGUAGUAUGAUAAAGCUCACCGUGAAUCCACAUAACCAGGUCGACGAUUCGAAAUAUGAAUUAAAUGAAGUUGCAAGUUUAGCUAAAGCACUUGAACAUCAGAAGGAACUUGCUGAUAAAGCGUUAAAUCUCCAUGAUAAAGCAUUACACAGUCAUAGAUUGAAUGACAAAAAUACCGAGAACACUAUACCACAACGUGUGAACGACGCAGGACUUGCUCAUUAUAUUGUGGAACACUUCGUAGAACCAUUGACCGAAAGUAUAAGACAACUAGCAGGUUAUACAAAUGAUUUGAAGAGAAUGCUUGCGGCUGACUCAUACCCAGUUUCUGUGUAUCUAUUUGAUGAAUAUAUUAAGUCAGCUUUGUAAAAAAAAAAAACAUCAAUAUAUUAUAUAUAAUAUUAUACAUAAUGUUCCAAUGA